GCGAUCAGAGUCGGUCCCGAAUUCUAGUGCGAUUUUUGUGUGUGGAACCUUGCCCGCGACCUCGAUCGGCCUUCCCUUCUGCGCUGCGACCGAGGAAUGUUCGGAGGGAUCGCGUCCUGUGGAAGAAGGCUGAAUCUCCCAAGAUUGUGGAUUUCCAGUGACGUCAGUCCCUCUGUCCACCACGCAUCGCACUGAUAAAAUUCAAGGGAGCUACAUGAGAGCGGCAGUGUGCACGGGCACCUCAGGAGCUAUGGCGGCAGUGGCAUCACGCAAAGUCCCCCUGUUAGGGCACUCGGUGGUCCCCUUGCCGUGAAGGGGUUUCCUGUGGCACACCAUGGGUGAGACGAUCCUCCGAGUCACCAGAAACGAAGAAAGCGACAUGGACGAGAAGGCUAGCUUAGAGACGACGCCAAAGGAACACCAGAGACCAGCGGAAAUGCUCGACCCUGUUUUAAGGAACGGGCAGGUGUCCGUAGGUCCUCCGCCCCUGCAGGAGCUGAGAGCAAUUGUGAAGGUUCCACGACAACCCACGUCCACCAUUGUGAUUCCGCCACAGCUGAUGGCCCCAGCAUUGGCACAGGGCCUCCUUCAGAAGGCGCCUGUAGCCAAGAGUCAGGCCACAUCAGUAGGGGCAAGUGGGCUGUGUGAUAACAGCAGGGUAGUUACGUGUGCACCUAGACUAAUGUCAGCUGUCCUACAAACGAACCACCACAGACCUGCAAUACUUCCUGCACCCACAACUCAGUCUCAGAUCAUUCAGGCUCCUAAAGCAAUUCCUGCUGUUACCAAAGAAAUGAAAUCCCCAGUGCUCAUUCCGAGGGAUGAAGCAAUGUCUCUCAUUAUUCAGAGGGACCCGGUAUCAUCUGUGGUUACAACAGAGGAAUCAGGAUCUGUGAUACUAAAGAGUAGCCAGCCAGCUUCUGUGAUUAUCCAAGGGGAUCAAGUACCUUCUGUGGUGUCCCUAAGGGACCAAACACCAUCUGUGAUUGUUCAGGGGGAUCCAACACCCCUAGUUACCCAGAGAAUUAAGGCAGCCUGUCCAGUUGUACAGAGAAACUUAACAUCCAUGUUAUUGCCUGAGAAUAUCAGAGGGUUCUAUGGAGUUCCUCGGAGUCAGAAUCCCUCCUCACUAGUUGGACAGAAGCACCAGACAACCGUGAUGGUUGCGCAGUGCCGACAAGCAACCCCAACUAGCCCCACCAUGCCCAUGACCCAGCCUUUGUCCCAUCAACAGUUUCCACUCGAAUCUCAGUACCAGACCAAUUUCCAAUAUCAGAAUCAGACCAAAAUGGAACCUCAAAAAGAACCACAGCCUGCAAAAUCUCAGCCUGCGGUCCAGACUCAGAUACAAUCACAAUCACAGCCUGCAACACAAUCCCAUUCUCAGGGACAGUCUUUACCUCAGACCCAUCCAAAAAUCAUAAUCAAACUUGAUCCCAAGAAGUAUCCCGAGUCGUGGAUUCAGCCUCAGUCGCAAUCACAGGUAGAACCCAAACCCAUUACGCGAAUACCGAGUAGUGCCCAACUGCAGCUGCAGACCCCGGUCUCAGCUCCAUCUCACUCACAGCCCCAGCCCCCGUCCAAACCCUCAUCUAAAGACCAAAUUCAGGCUUGUGAUCAGUCACAGCCUCAGCUAGAGAAGGUACCCCAAAGUUGUCCGCAAUCUCCAACGAAGUAUGGGACCAAGGCUGAGGAUACACGUCCCCUUCCUCAAACAAACGCCACUUCAAUUUCGCAGACAGUUUCACAGAAGCCACUGUGCAUGAAGGAAGCACAAGGACAGAAUGGAAAUCUGCUAGACACAGCUGAAACUCAGUGCCCUGUUAUUCAUAGUUCCAAGUUAGAAAGUGCAGUUUUAGACAUCGAACCAGAGAUGAAGGAAAUGUAUCCUGUUGCACUGGGAGCCCCUGUACCUGACAGCAUACCCUACAAUGGAAUACCCAAGGCAAAGGAGCCAGGUAUAUUGAGGGGCCCUAGAUCGAAACAGGGCUUUAUAAAAAGAACCUCUCUGAGUAAAAAAUGGACAUACAUAGGUGCUUCAGAUAAGGAAACGGAACAGUUUAACAAGGAAUCCAUCCGUGGUGUGAAGAGAAAACGUGUGCAAGUGGCCCACGAAGUAGGCGGGGAGACAGUGUAUUUAGGUGUACCAGUGAUCAAACUGAAUCGGCUGUGUGGAAGGGACCUUAGGAAAUUCAGGGACAUUGAGAACUUGGGAAUCAGCAUAGAGUCAGCAAGAUCGGUGCGCAAGGAACUGAAUCGCUUCCAGAAAAAUAUGAGGCGGAGACAGCUCAAGAAACUGAGGAAACUGGGACUGUGCCCUAUGCCCAAGAGGAGAAAAUUGCCCUCAGAAGACUUUGCUAAAAGACUGGACCUGGAAAGUGACGAGGUUAUACAUACUAAAAAAGUGAGGGAGUCUAUAAGUGAUGAUAUAUUACACGAGUAUCCGAAGCCUGCCAAGAAGAAGAAAGCAAAUGAAUUGUCUAAUGUUGGAGCAGCUGUCACCAGUCCUCCAAACGGCACCAUCAAAGGUAGGAUGUGUUUUGCUUAGUUUUUUUUAUUAUUUACUUAAUGUGUUUAUUUCCAAUGUGUCCUCCAGG